AUGCCAACUUACUGUGUCGGGUGCUAUUGCUAGUGGUAUUUUGUCAGUGACAUUAACCUAUCACGAGCAAAAAUAUUACCUUUAAAAUUUUUAUCAUUAAUUUAUAGAUAAUUGCUAUGUAAUACAGCAUAAAGAUUCUUUGCUUGCUGUACUUAUUUGAGUGCAAUAUUUAUUGCUUUGGACGUUCCACAUGAACAGGUCAGCUUAUUAAUUUUUUAUACAAUGGAUGGUAUUGUCUUAUUUAAUGUGUUUCUCAGAACACAUAAAACUCAACUUGAAUCUUAUGGUGUCCCACAAUUAUUCUGGAAAGUUUUGUACACGAAGUUAAAAGAUCAGGUUUACGAUGCUGGCCAUGUCUUCCAGUUGGCAAAGGUAGAAUAUGAAUGUGGAGAAAGGCAUGUUACAGAACCAGUAUGGAAGCUAAUUGUAUCUAUGGAAAAUGGCAUAUCUGUGCAAGAUCCCAAUAAUAUUUAUCUUAUUGAUCAUGCAUGGACAUACGACGCCAGUGGUGCUCGACAGAAUUUAAUUCAGGUGCCUGGCCUACUCGAUCGAAUGUGUGUCCUCAUGGGACUAAACACUGAGGCAGAUGAGCAAGAGAAAAUCAAGAGUGUUUUGAACGAAAUGUGGCGUUACAAUCAAUCGUAUUCAGUUAACUAUGGGGAGAUAGAAGAUAGAAUGCCAAUAUGGUAUAUUAUGGAUGAGGUUGGUUCAGCAAUAAACCACAGCGACGAGCCAAAUUUUAGAGCUGUCCCUUUUCUGCAUAUGGCAGGUGUAAUUUAUACGCUUCUCUUUCCUGUAAGAGAUGUUGCUGCAGGGGAUGAAGUCACGAGGGAUUUUGUAGAGAAUCAGACGAAGGAUGCUGAAAAAAGACGCUCGUUAUUGUUGCCUUGGGUCCACAGUACUUUUAAAGACGAAAAUUUUCAGCAGACUGAGCCAGAUGCAGAUUAUUUUUUAGCAGGUCAUAUUCCCGAAAGUCUGCCGGAGAACCUGGACGUGGUGAAAAUAGAUGUUGAUAGAAGAUUGAAGGUAUUUUCACCAUAUAAUUACGUAAACAACUAUUUGACAGAUCCGGCGUUUGAAAUCACUGACAACAAAGAGGAGGCAGACAUUUUAUGGCUCGUAUCUCACUACAAGACUUACAAAGAAUUAAAUGUUUCCUCGCCUAACGUUUUUGUAAAUCAAUUUCCACAUGAGAAUGUUUUAACGACAAAGGAUCUUUUAUCGAUUGUAUGCAGAAGAACAGCAAUGAACAAGUUGUAUGAUUCAGAUACCCUCGCGACUUAUCCAGCAUGGUUACCGACGACGUAUAAUUUAAGCACGGAAUUGGCACAGUUUGUCGCUUAUUUCACGCAACGAGCAGAGAGGAAUUUGGAUAAUCACUGGAUUUGCAAACCGUGGAACUUGGCGAGAGGCUUAGACACUCAUAUCACAAACAAUCUCUAUUACAUUCUGCGACUGCCUAGCACAGGUCCGAAAAUCGUGCAGAAGUACAUCGAGCGGCCAGUUUUGUACAACAGACCGGACAUAAAUGAAGUAAAGUUCGAUAUGAGAUACGUUGUGUUGCUCAAGUCCGUAAAGCCGCUACGCGCGUACGCUUAUGCAAAUUUCUUCCUGCGUUUUGCGAAUCAGCCGUUUGCACUGAACAAUUUUGAUUCGUACGAGCAACACUUCACCGUGAUGAAUUAUACCGAGGAGAAUCCGCUGUUUCACAUUAAAUGCGCCGAUUUCAUUGUAGAAUGGGAUAAUCAGUAUCCCGAUUAUCCCUGGGAAACUUAUAUUGAGCCGAAGGUUCUCUUCGUCUUACGACAGACCUUCGAAGCCGCGAUCGCGCAGCCGCCGCCGAAAGGAAUAGCCGAGAGUCCGCAAAGCAGAGCCGUUUACGCCGCCGACUUGAUGCUGGAAUGGAGAGAAGACUGUGAAAUGCAGCCCAAGCUGUUGGAGAUCAAUUUUACGCCCGAUUGCCAACGGGCGUGCGAAUAUUAUCCAGACUUCUACAAUGACAUUUUUAAAUGUUUGUUCUUGGAUAUCGAGAAUCCAGAAGUGUUUCACGCAUUGGAUACAGCCGGAGAGUAAUAUCAGAUUGUUUAUAUAUGCUGCUUUCCUUUUAGAUAACACAGUCGAAAUUUUUGUCACAAGUCGACACAUGUCGCUGUUUGAAUAAAAAUCUAAAUGGACACGUUUCAAACUCAAUCGACACUUUUCGACUCUGCUCGGGAAGAGAGUCGGGUGUGUUUUUGACCGAAGAAUGCAUCUGCUCCGAGUGUUUCGACAGAACCUUUUCUUUAAAUCUUUGCCAUUUCACGGUGAUAAAGUGUGCUCGAGUGUGUUAACUCGUGUCAAUUUGUGUCUCCUAAAAAGAAAGCAGUCAUAAUUUGAAGUAAAGUUGUGAUAAUUUUAUUGCCGGGUUGAUUAUAUGUGUAUUUUGCUAAAGUAAAAAUAUAUUUUUCAAGUAUUUCUUAA